AUGACGGGCGUCGCGCCGCCGACGGAGCGGCCGGACCCCCUGCGGGAGUCGUCGAGGUAUGACAAGAUUGCAGACCUGUCGAGCGGGUCGUUCGGGUUUGUGCAGCUGGCGCGCAACACAGAGACCAAUGAGCUGGUGGCCAUCAAGUUCAUCGAGAGGGGCGACAGGGUCAACCGGUAUGUGGAGGCGGAGAUCCUCAACCACCGCUCUCUGAGGCACCCCCACGUCAUUGAGUUCAAGGAGGUGUUUGUGACGAGCGAGUACAUCUGCAUCGCCAUGGAGUUUGCCAGCGGGGGGUCCCUCUUCACGUACGUGCAGCGGGCGGUGCGGCUCAAGGAGGCGGCGGCGCGCUGGUUCUUCCAGCAGCUCAUCAUAGGGCUGGACUACUGCCACCGCAAGGGGGUGGUCAACCGCGACAUCAAGCUCGAGAACACCCUGCUGCAGAUGGUGGCGGGCCUGCCCCUGCCGCUGCUCAAGGUCUGCGACUUCGGUUACUCCAAGGCCCAGGCCAUGAGCGCACCCAAGUCCAAGGUCGGGACCCUGGCCUACAUGGCGCCAGAGAUCAUCAAGGCCACGGGCAACUACGACGGCAAGCUGGCUGACAUCUGGUCGUGCGGCGUGAUGCUGUACGUGAUGCUCUUUGGGCAGUACCCUUUUGAGACGCAGGUUCCCGGCGGCCCCAAGAUGGAGGCGGACCGCCGCAUCAGGAGCAUGAUGGACCGCAUUGUCGCCAUGCAGUGGACGAUCCCGGACGGAGUUGAGAUCAGCGCCGAGUGCCGGCAGCUGCUGGGCCGCAUGCUGGUGCGGGACCCGGACGACCGCAUCACCAUGGGGGAGAUCUUCAGGCACCCCUGGUUCACGGCCAACCUGCCGACAGAGGCGGUUUCCAUGAACGACAGCUACCUGGCGGACGACGACUACAGCGGGGUGCAGAGCGUGGAGGACAUCCAGGCGCUGCUCAGCGAGGCGCAGACGCCGGGGCCCAGCAAGUACAACUUCCAGGAGGAGGGCGGUGAUGACUACGAGGACAUGAUCGACGCAGCCAUUGCGCUGGCCUGCUGGUCCGGGCGGGUGGCGCCCAUGCCGGCCGCGCCUGCGACCCCUGGUCACGCGCAACUGGGCCCCUCCUGA